AUGGCUGGUGAAGAGGUGAUUUUGUUGAGUGUCUAUGCGAGCAUGUUCAGUAUGAGGGUCAGAAUAGCACUAGCUGAGAAGGGUGUCAAGUAUGAACUCAAGGAAGAGGACUUGACGAACAAGAGCCUGCUUCUUCUUGAGAUGAAUUCUGUUCACAAGAAAGUUCCAGUUUUGCUUCAUAAUGGAAAGCCAAUACUUGAGUCCCUUAUAAUUGUCCAGUACAUAGAUGAGGUAUGGCAUGACAAGAAUCCAUUGGAACCAUCUGAUCCUUAUGAGAGGGCUCAAGCAAGGUUCUGGGCUGACUUUAUUGACAAGAAGUUACAAUGGGCCGCUAAAGGGGAAGAACUGGAGGCAGCCAAGAAGGAAUUCAUAGAGGCUCUCAAGGUACUAGAAGGGGAACUUGGAGAUAAGCCUUACUUUGGUGGUGAAGAGUUUGGAUAUGUAGAUGUGGCUUUGAUUCCUUUCUACAGUUGGUUCCAUGCCUAUGAGACUUGUGGAAACUUCAAAAUUGGGGCACAAUGCCCAAAGUUUGCGGCUUGGGCUAAAAGGUGCAUGCAGAGGGAGAGCGUGUCCAAGUCCCUUGCUGAUCCUGAAAAGGUUUAUGACUUUAGAGCACUCACUGGAUUGCAAAUCUUUUUUAUUAUUUACAUGUUUGAUUUUUAUUGCCUAAAUUCCCUUGAUUUCAUCAGAUCACAGGUUAGGUUACUUCUUAACUUUGUCAUCAGGAUCAGUAGUAAACAAGCUGUCUGCUACUAG